AACUUGAAGACUUUCUUUGACCUUUAAUUUGACCUUUUAUAACCCUAAUGUUUACUAUACACUAAAAGUAUAUCCUUUUAGGAUUCGAAUCAAUGAUUUGGCGCCAAUAUCCUAGGGAAUCGUCUUUCGGGGCUUGCUUUGCGCGACCAGCCAAGCCUGGACACCUCACUGGGCGCAUUACAGUCCAAGCGGACAUUCCAUUUUCCACGCGCCUCCAAUCCCCUGGCACAUAAAUCACGUAUAAAAGGCGAGCGUUUCACAAAGCCUAGGAAAAGAGAAGAGAUGGCCGUGGAAGAAAGCAAAAUAGAUCGUCACGCCACUGCCGAUGGAGGUGAGAUGAUAGCUGGCGAUGAUGUUAACCACAAUGAUCGAGAGGCUAAAGAUGGAGAGGGGCGAAAGAGAGGUAAGGGAAAGGUCGUGGUGGUGGCCAUGGAUGGAAGUAACUUGAGCACGCAAGCGCUUCACUGGGUCUUGGAGAAUUUGGUCUUUCGCAAAGCCGAGAGGGAUGAGGAUUCGGACGAGAUCGUUCUCUUCCACACCCAGCAAGUUCCUCCAGCGAACUGUAAUCUCGGGAUCACGACCCAGGAGAUGAUCGAUGCGAUCAAAAUGCAAGAGGAGGAGGCCGCGGUGGAAGUCCUGGAAAGUGGGAAGACGCUCUGCGAAGAACACAAGGUGAAAGUCAGGACGAUUGUAAAGUCUGGAGACCCCCGAGAUCACAUCUGCGAGAUUGUUGAAAAGGAACAAGCGAAUGUUCUCGUCAUGGGGAACAACGGGCAUGGAACGCUCAAGAGGUUUGUGCUCAUCUUCUUCUUGUUUCAACUUCAUACCAAGCUGAUGAAAUUGAUGGAAAACCAUAGGCUUCUUCUCGGGAGCACCUCAGACCACUGCGUUCACCGUGUGAAAUGUCACGUAAUCAUCGCAAAGGAUUUACGGUAAAGGAGUUACUUGCCACUCACUACAAGCACCG